AUGUAAAGUUCUUACCAAUAUCAUUUCGGAGGAAACAAUCCUAUAUUUGGAGGAGGAGUUGAUUGGGGAAAUAGUGGCGGUGCUGGAGGCAGUUUUUCCAUUGGUAAUUUAGUUCAGGAAGUUGGGGCUCAUGAGAAAAACGCCUCAUGCGUGAAGGAGUAUGCCUAUACAGAGGACAAAAACUUCAGAUUCAGACCAUCAAUGGAAGAUACUUACUUUGCUAGAGAUAAAGUCAAUGGAGAUCCAUUCCUAGGUGUAUUUGGUGUCUUCGAUGGGCACGGAGGUAGAUAGGUUGCUGAUCAUUGCGCAGAGAGAGUCCCUGAGGAGAUGAGAAAGGAAAUAGCUAAAUGUAGCGGAGAUUUGAGCUAUGCCCUUGAGCAAAUUGACAAUGAACUUAGACUGAUUGAUGCAGAUAAUACUGGAUCAACAGCUUGUGUAGUAGUGGUGAGAUAAGAAAUGGGCAAUAGAGUGCUUUACAUUGCUAAUCUUGGAGAUACUAGGGCUGUAUUGAGUAAAAAUGGAAUCGCUGAGCGUAUGUCUUAUGAUCACAGAGCAACUGACCCAGCUGAGGUAGAGAGAGUAAGAAAUGGAGGUGGUAUUGUACUCGACAAUAGAGUUGGAGGAUCCCUCGCAAUUACUAGAGCAUUUGGAGAUCACUCCCUUAAAAAGGAUGGUGUGAUUGCUAAGCCAUACAUUAAAAAGCAUAUCCUCAGAUCAACUGAUAAAUAUUUAGUCGUAGCAAGUGACGGAGUCUGGGACACUCUAGAAGACCAAGAUGCUGUUAAUUAUUGCAAAGAAGAAUUCAACACCAAAGAAAUAGCUUAGGCUAUAGUAAAAGGUGCCAUAGACAAGGGAUCUAAAGAUAACACUUCAUGUUUAGUACUCAAAUUCAAUACAUCCCCCUUCUGA